AUCGGGGCAAUCAGUCAGCAUUUGAAAGAACGAUCGCAUUCUUUUAGUCUUUAAAUCUUAUGAUGAGUAAUAACUUCUCGAUAUUACUUAUUUGUCUGCUGUCUUUCUAACUUCACUAUUUCGCCAUUUCGCUAUUAAAUUCGCGCUGACAUAAAACAUUGCGGGCUAUUUCUCGAAGCGACAUCUAAAUUGGUUGCUGACACACUACGAUUUACUACCUAUCCUCCCGCCUCUUAACUCCACAAUCUACAGCGGCUACUUGAUUCGCAUCAUUCCAUAUAGAAUCAAGCAAUAAUCGAUCCCGUAGCGACUUACUUCUACGCCGAUUAGGGUGUGACAGGACUAUAAUAUCCCUCAUUUUUUUCAUACCAAGCGAUUUGCCCAUCAUGCCUUCCGCACUUGUUGAUCAUAAUCGAUUCGACUCUAUACCGGACGCGAUUGCUGCUUUCCGAAAUGGCGAAUUCAUAGUUGUUAUGGACGAUGAAGGCCGCGAAAACGAAGGCGACCUAAUCAUUUCUGCCGAGAAUAUAACGACCGAGCAAAUGGCUUUCAUGAUCCGACACUCGUCAGGAUACGUCUGUGCUCCCAUAACACCCGCCCUUACCGAAUCUCUUAAGUUACCUCAGAUGGUCGAAAACAGCGAAGAUCCCCGCGGCACCGCUUAUACUAUAACCAUUGACGCCGCCGACCCCGCCGUGACAACCGGAAUUAGCGCCCACGAUCGCGCUCUAACUGUCCGACAUCUCGCGAAUCCUAAUUCUACCCCCACCACCUUCCGACGGCCAGGACAUGUGCUUCCGUUACGUGCGCGACCAGGCGGAGUUAGGGUUCGGCCGGGUCACACCGAGGCUGGUGUAGACUUUUGUAGGCUGGCAGGAAAACCUGAAGUUGCCGUCAUCUGCGAGAUCGUUGAAGACGGCGAGGAGGUUAGCGGACAAGCCAUACGGGAAGGACCUGGCAUGAUGAGAGGUGAUGGAUGCAUUGCGUUCGCAAGAAAAUGGGGAAUCAAGGUCUGCACGAUCGCAGAUCUUGUCGCCUACUUAGAGAAGACCGACGGUAAACCCGACACAAACGGAAGUUCGUAAUAUCUCGAUAACACAUGACGAAACAUCCUCGGACAUAACUAGGACUUACACCGCUUAAGGCGAAGGAUAAGUAAGCAUCCAUAAACGAAAGGACGGAACGCUAGCUGCGAGGCUGGUGGGGAGGCAUUUCAUUGACUCAUACUGGGUUUGCAUAGACAAAAUGGGGCCAUCAUCAUAAAGUCACAUCUCUGCACAUAUCACAUUGUAUUAUACAUCUUGGCAUGGAUCUGACAUCCGAACUAGAAUAAACCUAUCAACAUCCUUCCCGAUUUUAAGAUCUACCAUAGGCGUG